AUGCCCAGUGCUGGGUCCUUCCCUUCCACGGUGCCCCAAGGGGGCUCAAGCCCUGGCCCCCCACAGCCAGGGCCAGAGCCAGAACCGGAUCCAGAACCCCCCAAGAAGAAAAGGAAGAAGAAAUAUCUUCGGCAUGACAAGCCUCCCUACACCUACCUGGCCAUGAUAGCCUUGGUGAUCCAGGCUGCCCCGGCUCGGAGGCUCAAACUGGCCCAGAUCAUCCAUCAGGUUCAAGCCCUGUUCCCCUUCUUCAAGGAUGACUAUGAAGGGUGGAAGGAUUCCAUCAGACACAACCUCUCCUCCAAUCGAUGCUUCCACAAGGUACCCAAGGAUCCGGAAAAGCCACAGGCCAAGGGGAAUUUUUGGGCUGUGGACGUGAGCCAGAUCCCUGCUGAGGCCCUUCGUUUGCAAAACACAGCUGUGGCCCGUCGAGGGGAAAGGGGUGGCCAGGGCAAAGCCUUUGCCAAGGAUCUGACCCCCUACGUUCUUCAUGGCUGGCCCUACCGACCCCCUAGCCCCAACCUAGCCAGCGACUCCUUCAGUAUUGAUUCCUUGCUUGGGGAUAUUCCAGAAGGGCCUCAGCCCCCACGGCCAUCCUCCUCUUCUUCCUCCUCUUCUUCUAUUUCAGAGCCAGUAUCCUGGCCCAUGGGCCCUAUGUCCAAGUCACAAGAGGGAUCUUUGGGGGGCUAUGGUGUACCUACUUCUCCCCUCUCCUCUUCUUCUCCCUCAGAGGGGGGACUCUGGCCCCUCCGGCCCAUCCCCCUUCUACAAGGUACCUCAACUCAGGCAGGGCUGUUGGGAGCCACAGGGGGGUCUCAGCUCCCUCCUCUGACAUCUGAGCAAGGCUCCUGGCCUCUCCUUCCCCUUCCUGUAAUUCAGGGUACUUCAAGCCAAGUGCAGUUAUCAGGAAGUACCAGAGUCCCCCUUUGGGGACAGCUGCCUACAUCAUAUUCCCCCAUAUACACCCCAAAUGUGGUGAUGCCUCUAGCACCCCCACCUUGUCCUCAGUGUCUGCCCUCCCCGGGUCCUUCCUACUGGGGACUAGCACCUAAGGCCACAGGUCCCACUGGCUCCUUAGGGGACUUGGAUGCUCUCUUCCAAGUGGUGCCGCCUAACAAGAGCAUCUAUGAUGUGUUGGUCACUCACCCCUUGGACCUAGUAUCUCCCAAUCCCAGAGGUUCUACUCCAGGUACUCUACUUACCUGGUACAAUGUGUGAAGAUGAUGAAACAGGAUCUCUCUCCCCUCCAUUCCUUGCCUUUUUUCCCAACCUCCACCCCACCUUGCGUCCA